AUGCAGGCCCCUGUCUUGGUGAUGAACACCAAUAGCGGUGAAAGGCAGACGGGCAGGAAAGCCCAGCUGUCUAACAUCGCCGCCGCCAAAACUGUCGCCGAUAUCAUCCGGUCCUGCCUCGGCCCCAAGGCCAUGCUGAAGAUGCUGCUUGACCCCAUGGGCGGUAUCGUGCUGACCAACGACGGGCACGCCAUCCUCCGCGAGAUCGAGGUGUCGCACCCCGCGGCUAAGAGCAUGAUCGAGCUGAGCCGGACACAAGACGAGGAGGUGGGCGAUGGGACAACGACGGUUAUUAUUUUAGCGGGCGAAAUCCUGGCGCAGGCGCUGCCCCAGCUCGAGCGUAACAUCCACCCGGUGGUCAUCAUUGCGGCCUUCAAGCGGGCGCUCAAGGACGCGCUGCAGAUCAUCGAAGACAUCUCGCUCCCGAUUGACAUCAACGACGACAAGGCGAUGCAGCAGCUCAUCUCUUCCUCGAUCGGCACCAAGUUUGUCUCGCGGUGGUCCGACCUCAUGUGCAGCCUGGCGCUCCAGGCGGUGCGUACUGUGACGUGGGAGGUGGGCAAUGGCAAGCGAGAGGUCGACAUCAAGCGGUACGCCCGCGUUGAGAAGGUCCCUGGCGGCGAGAUCGAGGACAGCCGCGUGUUGGACGGCGUCAUGCUCAACAAGGAUAUCACUCACCCGAAGAUGCGCCGCACCAUCGAGAACCCGCGUAUCGUGCUGCUGGAUUGCCCGCUUGAGUACAAGAAGGGCGAGUCGCAGACCAACAUUGAGGUCACGAAGGAGGAGGACUGGAACCGAAUUCUGCAGAUUGAGGAGGAGCAAGUGAAGUCCAUGUGCGAGCACAUUCUGGCUGUGAAGCCGGAUCUCGUUAUCACAGAAAAGGGUGUUUCGGAUCUCGCACAACAUUACCUGAUGAAGGCCAACGUGACGGCGUUGAGGCGGGUACGCAAGACAGACAACAACCGGAUAGCGCGGGCAACCGGUGCGACCAUCGUGAACCGGGUAGAGGACCUGCAGGAGUCGGACGUGGGCACUGAAUGCGGGUUGUUCGAUAUCGAGAAGAUUGGCGACGAGUACUUCACCUUCCUGACCAAGUGCAAGUCGCCCAAGGCAUGCACGGUGCUCCUCCGUGGGCCGUCCAAGGACGUCCUCAACGAGAUUGAGCGUAACCUGCAAGACGCGAUGGGCGUGGCGCGGAACGUCAUGUUCCACCCGCGCCUGUCGCCCGGCGGUGGCGCGACCGAGAUGGCGGUGUCGGUGCGGCUAGCACAAUUGGCGCGCAGCAUCGAGGGCGUGCAGCAGUGGCCAUACAAGGCUGUUGCGGAGGCCCUCGAGGUGAUCCCGCGUACCUUGAUCCAGAACGCCGGCAAGAGCCCCGUCCGUGUGUUGACGGACUUGCGCGCCAAGCAUGCCGAGGGCAAGAGCUCGUGGGGUGUCAAUGGCGACUCAGGUGCGCUGGUUGACAUGAAGGACUACGGUGUCUGGGAGCCGGAGGCGAUCAAGGUGCAGAGCAUGAAGACGGCGAUUGAGUCUGCGUGUCUUUUGCUCAGGGUGGACGACAUCUGCAGCGCUAAGAAGCUACAACCGGGUGUCGGCGUCGGCGGUGGUGGGACGGACGAGUAG